AUGGCGGCGCGUUGUUCCCGACCUCUCCAUGUGUUUUGUGGAUGUAAGAGGUGAUGAGGGUGGAUGGUUAAUAAUAAUUGGCGUGUUUGGAACAGGUUGUCUCUUUAAACGCUUCCUGAUAACGCUGUAAGCUUCAGGUGAGGAUCAUGAGCACAGGUACGCCGUACAUCGGCAGCAAAAUCAGCCUCAUCUCCAAGGCUCAGAUCCGCUAUGAGGGAAUUUUAUACACUAUUGAUACAGACAACUCCACUGUGGCUCUGGCUAAAGUGAGGUCGUUUGGCACGGAGGGGCGACCUACAGACCGACCCGUACCGCCACGGGAUGAGGUAUUUGAUUACAUCAUAUUCAGAGGAAGUGACAUCAAAGACAUUACUGUCUGCGAGCCACCAAAACUACACCACGGUCUGCCUCAGGAUCCUGCAAUUGUUCAGUCGUCCGUGGGCAGUUCGUCUUUACCAUAUGGCCCUCAGGGAGGUUACAGUCCCUACAGGAGCAUGAUGCCACCUUAUAACCCACUCGCUGCCAGCUCUCUGCUCAAUCAGCAGUAUGCUGCUGCACUCAGCCUAGGAGCCGGACUGCAUGGCCCUCUGAGAAGAGGUCCCAUGGUCGAGCAGGCUGUCCAGACAGUGCCUGCUGAAAAACCAGCUCCGAAAAAAGGCUUGGCAUCACAGCAGCAGGGCCGUGAGAGCGGCAGGGUGCAGCGAGGCAGAGGAAGUCCUCAAACAGAGAGGAGCGCCACGUCUGGGAAUGCUCAGCAAGGAGAUGUACAAGGGCAAAAUCAAGCUAAUGAUGAGAACAGACCACCGCAGAGGAGGAGACAAGGCAAUCGCCGAUCCCGGAAUCGCAACCGAGGUCAGAUUAUCGUAGCCAACACAAAGCCCACUACCCUUCAGUUCGAGUCGGACUUUGAUUUUGAAACGGCUAAUGCGCAGUUCAACAAGGACGAUCUCAUCAAGGAGGUUCAAGGCAACUCUGAAGUCAAAGAUAAAGAGGAGAAAGAGAAAUCGGACUCUGGUGUGGAGACUCAGAACAGUGAGGGAGCAGCAGAUGAGGAGCCGUUUGGCCCAAAGUGUUUCUACAACAAGGCCAAAAGCUUCUUUGACAACAUCUCUUCUGAGCUCAAAUCAAGACGUACGACAUGGGCGGAGGAGCGCAAGCUGAACGUGGAGACGUUUGGAGUUCCUGGUCGCUUCCUGAGAGGCCGUGGGUUUCGUGGUGGGUUCAGAGGGAGGAGAGGAAGAGGGAUGAAUCAGCGUGUCUCUGCUCAACCAGCCGUUGGGAGCGGUAGAGUGUGAUGAUGGAUGUAGAUUUCAAGUAGCCACCAAGUGGUUUUGUAAAUACAUUUCUCCUCCCUUUUUUCUUUAUAAUAAAAUUUCAUAAUUUCAGUUGGGGUCCUGCACUUUAACUGUUAUUAAAUGAAAACAGAUUUUUUAUUUGCUUGUCCAAAGGCUUUGUUUUUUUGUUUUUGUUGCUAUUGCUGCUUUAUCACUAGUGAAUGUGUUUAUAAAAAAAUACUGUUUGCACAAAAUGAAAUGCACAUUAACUUGAUCUGUCAACAUUUGAUUCUAAGUAAAGCACUUUUAUUUAUGCUUUAUGAUGGAAAUGAUAUUGGAUUUGCAGAAUGUAGAGUUGAUUAUCAAUGUCAGCCUUUGGCAUUUGCUCCCCAAACAUUGAUUUAAGAGGCUUUUUGUUUCAUUUAUUUGGUUUUUGCAUAUGAAUUAACUGGGGACUUUGUACAAAAAGAGAACCAUUGUUAAUAAAAUGGAAAAUGGCUGAUAAA